AUGGCUCAACUUCUGUACCUCGUCUUUUCUCUCUGUUCUCUCGCUGCCGUUGGGCUGGUGUGGAGCGUCUUUAUCCAGAACAACGGUCUAGACACCAUCAACCAGGCCAUCAGUCACGGCAGAUAUCCCGAUAAUGAGGUUGGAGUGACUUCUUUCACCGGCCUGCGCGCCAUUGACGACGCCCUCAUGUCACUCGUUGCAUUCAAUCUGCCUAUCCUUAACGUCGAAUUCGAGGUCGGCCGCCUCUUUAUGGCGCAGUUUGUCGCCAAUGUAUCAAUCAUGAUAUUCAUUCUUUCUGUUGAGGGACAGCGAGGAAGGAAACGAUCGCCUUUAAUUCCCAUGGCGUGGGGUCUCUUCUCUCAGCUUGCGACAAGCGCAGUUGCUUUGCCGCUGUACCUACUUGUCCAGACUGGCAGCAACCGGAAGGCCAGCCGGAAACCCAUCUUUCAGUCGCUUGUCUCUCCCCAUGCCGCUCUCUGCGCUCUGCCGAGUCAUCUCCUGGGCUUUGGUGUCCCCGCAGUCAUGAUGUUCGAUCCUUUUCGUCAAGGUGACCAUAUCAAGUCCCUCUGGGUACUCAUGUUUGCUCUCUGCCCUUUGAACAUUGCCAUCUGCACCAAGACUGUCGGUGUUACGAAACGGGCCUUUUUGCCCAGUUCACCCAAGGCGGCAACGACAACAAACGCUGGUUACAACGCUCUACAGCUCGGCUAUACCACAGUCGGUGUUGUAGCGGCUGCAUUUCAUGCCAUGACCAUUUUGCAAGCAAUCAAACAUCCAGGGCGCUUUAACGGUCUUUUUUCUCUGGAGCUUUACCCCGAAAUGCUUCGAGACAAGAUCAUGACGUUCUUGAAGCUGGACUAUUUGAUCACCUUUGCGGCACUACUGACUUGGGCUUACAGUGAAGUGCUUGCGAUUCGCCGUGGUGGAUCUCUGAUGCUUCUCGGCAUGUUUGUUUUUGGGACGUUGGUAUUUGGACCAGGUGCAACGACUGCUAUAGCUUGGUCCGCCAGAGAGACUGGCCUCCAUAGAGGAAGUGGAAAGUCGGGCUGA